AUGGAGGCGCCGGGAGCCCGGAGUGCGCUCGCCUGUGCCGUGCGGGCGCUCUGCGUCCUCAGCUGCCUGUUAGGCCCUUUAGCCGCGGCGCCUGCGCCCAUCAUCAAGUUCCCUGGCGACGUCGCCCCCAAAAUGGACAAAGAGUUGGCUGUGCAAUACCUGAACACCUACUACGGCUGCCCCAAGAACAGCUGCAACCUGUUUGUGCUGAAGGACAAGUUGAAGACCAUGCAGAAGUUCUUUGGCCUGCCUCAGACGGGGAUGCUGGACCAGAAAACCAUCCAGACCAUGCGGAAACCUCGCUGCGGCAACCCUGACGUGGCCAACUACAACUUCUUCCCCCGCAAGCCCAAGUGGGACAAGAACGAGAUCACAUACAGGAUCAUCGGCUACACGCCUGAUCUGGACCCCGAGACGGUGGAUGACGCCUUCGCUCGAGCCUUCCAGGUCUGGAGUAACGUGACGCCCCUGCGCUUCUCACGCAUCCAUGAUGGAGAGGCUGACAUCAUGAUCAACUUUGGCCGCUGGGAGCAUGGGGACGGGUACCCCUUUGAUGGCAAGGACGGCCUCCUGGCACACGCCUUCGCCCCAGGCCCUGGAGUCGGUGGGGACUCCCACUUUGACGACGACGAGAUGUGGACGCUGGGAGAAGGACAAGUGGUGCGUGUGAAGUACGGAAACGCCGACGGGGAGUUCUGCAAAUUCCCCUUCCUGUUCAAUGGCAAGGAGUACCACAGCUGCACUGACACAGGCCGCAGCGACGGCUUCUUCUGGUGCUCCACCACCUACAACUUCGACAAGGAGGGCAAGUACGGCUUCUGUCCCCACGAAGCCCUGUUCACCAUGGGUGGUAACGGCGACGGACAGCCCUGCAAGUUCCCGUUCCGCUUCCAGGGCACAUCCUAUGACAGCUGUACCACGGAGGGUCGCACUGACGGGUACCGCUGGUGCAGCACUACCGAGGACUAUGACCGAGACAAGAAGUACGGCUUCUGCCCUGAGACCGCCAUGUCCACCGUGGGCGGGAACUCAGAAGGUGCCCCCUGCGUCUUCCCCUUCACCUUCCUGGGCAAACAGCACGAGGGCUGCACCAGCGCAGGCCGCGGCGACGGGAAGAUGUGGUGCUCCACCACCAGCAGCUACGAUGAUGAUCGCAAGUGGGGCUUCUGCCCCGACCAAGGGUAUAGCCUGUUCCUUGUGGCAGCCCACGAGUUUGGCCACGCGAUGGGGCUGGAGCACUCUCAGGACCCUGGAGCCCUGAUGGCGCCCAUUUACACCUACACCAAGAACUUCCGCCUGUCCCAGGAUGACAUCAAGGGCAUUCAGGAGCUCUAUGGGGCCUCCCCUGACACUGAUGUUGGCACCGGCACUGGCCCCACCCCCACACUGGGGCCCGUCACUCCUGAGAUCUGCAAACAAGACAUUGUCUUUGACGCCAUCUCUCAGAUCCGUGGGGAGAUCUUCUUCUUCAAGGAUCGGUUCAUUUGGAGGAUGGUGACACCAAAUGAAAAGCCCACGGGGCCUCUGCUGGUGGCCACAUUCUGGCCUGACGUCCCGGAAAAGAUCGACGCGGUGUAUGAGGCCCCACAGGAAGAGAAGGCUGUCUUCUUUGCAGGGAAUGAAUACUGGGUCUACUCUGUCAGCACCCUGGAUCGAGGUUACCCCAAGCCGCUGACCAGCCUGGGGCUGCCCGCUGAUGUCCAGCGAGUGGAUGCAGCCUUUAACUGGAGCAAGAACAAGAAGACGUACAUCUUUGCCGGGGACAAGUUCUGGAGAUACAAUGAGGUAAAGAAGAAGAUGGAUCCUGGCUUCCCCAAGCUCAUUGCGGAUGCCUGGAACGCCAUCCCGGAUAACCUGGAUGCUGUGAUGGACCUGCAGGGCAGUGGUCACACCUACUUCUUCAAGGGAGCCUAUUACCUGAAGCUGGAGAACCAAAGUCUGAAAAGCGUCAAGUUCGGCGGCAUCAAAUCUGACUGGCUGAGCUGCUGAGCCGGGCUGGCUCCCGCCGGCCCUGCCUCCCUCUCUCUCCAUCGCCGUCCACGCACGGGGGCCCUGAGCACCAGGGGAGGACCCGGAUGGGGCUGGCAGCCCCUCCUCCAACUCUGUAGCUAAUCAGCCUUCUCACCUCCACCUGGUCAUCUCAGCUUCUGAAGCGCGGCCUCACCCUGGGCCCAAGGAAAGGUGCUGAUGAUACCCAUUCUCCCCUAGUCCCAUCCGUCUUCAAGAGCCACCCCAAACACAUGCUUUGAGAUUGUCAACGCAGCCCUGCCUUGGGCUUUCCUGGUGCUGUUCCCACUUCAGGGUCUUCUCCCUCCAUAACCUCUGUGGCUCUCAGCAUCCUUAGAGCCAACAGAGACUGUCUCAAGAGGCCACUGGUGGCCUGACAGCUGGCCUGACAUGGGACAGUGGGACGGGGCAUGGCCAGGUGGUCACCCCAAACACCUGCCCUCUUACUGCUGGAUGCCUUCAAACCUUUCAGACGUUAGCAGUUUGCUUUGUAUGCACUUUGUUCUUUUAUUUUUGACCUACCCACCCCAGCCCCUGCCCCCUACUUUGAAAUUCAUUUCCUGACCGAAGGACUCAGGUUGUGUGACGUCACUGCACAGUGGCUCUCAGCGCACGGAGCGCUGUCCCUCCUGCACCCUAAUUAGUGUGGCCCCACCCAUCACUUCCUCUACUGGAUGGAGGAAAACAAGACAUGUCUCUACUCA